CAAAUUUGCCAGCAACUAUUUUACCGGGUACUGGACGAGAUGCUAUAGAUUAGCCUUUAUCGUAAGACUUUUUUGAUGGACGAAGAACUCUUGCAACAAAGUUUGGAACAGUAUAAGGAACAAUUUCUCCAGAUCCAGAAUGUUUUACAGAAUGUUGGGGAAGAAGGUCAAGAUGAACUUGUCAAGCUGAGGAAUGAUCUUGUAGAACUUAUUCAAGUAUCAGAAGAGAGCCUUCUAUCUCUCAAGAAAAGCAGAUUACUUCGGUUACUUGACAGUGAGGAAAAUGAGCUCAGAGGGGAUCCUCCUGAACCUUUUUGUGAUAGGCCUGGCUUAAAUGAUUGUGAAAAUGAUGCAGAACUUACAAAAGGUGAAGAUUCAGUUGAGAUAGAAGAUGACAUCACAGGAAUGAAGUGCCGCAUUUCAUACACACAGGACUGGGGAGUAAUGGAGCACCACAAUGCCAUGGUUUUUGAUGCAGAAACAGUUGCUUUGCCUGAUGGGAGAGAAGAAACCAAGGUGAGAGUGUUAUUUAUGAACCCUACCCAUAAAUCCAUGGUACCCUGCCCUUAUUUCCUGGAUAGCAAAUGCAGAUUUGAUGAUGACACUUGCAGAUAUUCUCAUGGUUAUGUGGUCUCUGUGGAUGAUUUGAUGUCAUUCAAAGAGCCAGACUUCAGCCAGGUACAGUGUGGUCAGCAGUGUUUAGCAAGAUAUGACGAUGGAGUGUGGUACAAGGCCACCAUUCAAUCAAUAGAUCAAGAGGCUCAUACAUUUGUUGUUCAUUAUGAUACAUACAACUCAGGUGCUACACUCGGCAUAACUGAGGUUCUUCCUUUAGACCAAAGCAAUGCUGAGAAUGUGUCAGACAGUGAUCUUUCAAGUUUGUCUAGUGACAAUGAGGAGGUUGAUGAAGAUCAGGUUGCUGUGGUGCAGUUGGCUUGCAAACUGUCAGGGGGUCCUGUUUGUCUUGGAGAGUGGGAACAACACACAAAAGGCAUUGGUUCAAAGCUUAUGGCCCAAAUGGGUUAUGUUUUUGGCAAAGGACUUGGAAAGGAUGGAAGUGGAAUUGUGGAGCCAGUUGAAGCAGUGUUAUUGCCUCAAGGAAAGUCACUUGAUAAGAUAGCAGAACUCAGAGAAAAUAACAAACUGCCCAAAAAAGGAAUGAAGAAGAGGCAGAAACCAUCUAAAAUAAAAUCUGUCAAGUUACCAGAAAGAGCAUCUGGUAGCGAUGUAUUUGACUUUAUCAACAUAAAACUAGGUGGCAAGAAAGGAAAUAUUCAUGAUAUAAGAGUUCCUGUUCCCGGGACAAGUGCAAGUGAUUUUGAGGUUAAAGACACAGGAAAGAAAAAGAAGGGAGACAGUGAAAAUGUAAACUGGAAUUUACAGCUAUUUAAAAUUCAUGAGGAUAUAUCAGCUGUUGAGAAGCAGUUGAAGAAAGAAGAAAUGGCUCUGAGUAGACACCAUGAAAAGAAUAACAAAAUAGCCUCACACUUUAGAGAGAAAGUUGAAGGCAUCAAGGCACAUCUGUCUCGACUACAUGACAGAGAGAAACAUAUACAGCAGAAACUACGUCAUAGCAAGAAUCAUAAAAAACUCACUGUAUUCUAAUGAUCUAAACAUUCCUUGGAGAAACAUGUUGGUAUACCCUUAAAAUCACAAUAUGCCAUCUGAUAUCUGUCAUAUUAAUGCUACACACAGACUGUAUAAAACAACAACGGUUUAAUUGCUUUUAGUCUUGAAUGUACAUUUUACGGAAAACUCCCAGUGACCACGAGGUCCCUGUCUGAGAAUGUAAAAUCACUGUACUAGUGCUCAUGUGCAAUGUACUAAGUUUAGUACAGAAAACUGGUGUCAUGACAAUAUCAAGCCUAAUUUAUCACAGGGUACAGAGUUUUCGAAUGGAACCUUGACAUGGACCAUUCUGAUUCUAUACCUAGCAAUGCUUUGGCAUUGAAGGCAAGAUCUUCAGAGCAUUUGCAUUUUUGCAGACCCAAUCAUAUGUAAAGGUCUCCAUAAAGGUCAGAUGAUACUGAGAGUAUUUCUGAAGAUGUUCCAAAUGUUUUUAAAGGUACCCUGGAGAGUUGAUGCAAACAGGUUUCUGGAGCUCUCCCUUCCUCAGAGAAAUUCUCAAUUUUUUUUCACUACAAGUAAACAUAGCAUACCUCACUAUAACAUUGAUUCAAGGUUCAAUCUUUGUCAGAUAGGCUGUGACAGCUUGAAUUUCUGUAACUUUCUUUGCUCAAUCUUUCACCAUUCAAAGAUAGCUGGACUGUAGCUACUACCUCAGCAUGAGUAGACAAUUUAUUAUUAAUGCAAGUUUUUCAAUGACUUAAAUAUCCUCUUCAACAUUUGAUACAAAAUUAUUACAGAAUAUUGGUCUUAAUUGUGAAAACCAAGUUUGCAGCUAUAGCAUGGGUAUAGUAGAAACCUCAGAAAGAGAUCUCAUGUUUGAAAAAACUGGAUGGCAUUUAAGAACAGGCCAGUGAAAUGAUAAGCAAGGAAAGUCAAUGCAAUAAUUUAACUGUGCAAAAGGGCAGAGAUGUCUUCUUAAAGUAACUAAUUUUGUGGCUUCCAAGAAUAAAUAAAAUAAUGAAAUGUCAAGUCA